UAAGGUGUCUAUAGUAAUCCAUUAACACAUACACUUCAAAUUAUUGCUAUCCUUCUACUAACUCCAUCGUGUAUAAUACUCACCGCACUCAUUUAAGUAUCACUUUGUUUUCCAUAUAAGUUUUCAUUUGGGCCAAACAUUUAGCUCUGUAGAUGUUUUUUAUCAAGAUGAAGAUGGUACCAAAGCAACAGCUGAGUCUGAAGUACUUUAAUAUAGAGUUAUCAUUUGGCUGCUUUAUUCUCAUCAUCUCGUGUAUGUCCAUGUUUGUCAUGGAUGUUAGUUGUCUUGUUGUCGUCCACGAUAACAAAUCCAACGACCAAUUGGCAUUACUCGCUUUCAAGGAUGGAAUUACUGAAGAUCCGCUCGGAACACUGAGUUCGUGGAACAGCGACAAUGAUACUCUUCAUUAUUGCAAGUGGAGAGGUGUUACAUGCAGUCGUCGUCAUCCAAGUAGAGUCACUAUGUUAAAUCUUACAUCCCAAAGAUUGUUAGGUUCCAUUUCUCCCCAUAUUGGAAACCUUAGCUUUCUUAAGUAUCUCAACCUCGACAACAACAGUUUAACUGGUGAAAUCCCACAUCAACUUGGUCGUCUUUCUCGAUUAAAAUACCUCAGCCUUACCCAUAAUUUACUGGAAGGCGAAAUUCCACAGAAUAUUUCUAGUUGUUCUAAUCUCAUAUACCUUGAUUUUACUCACAACCAUCUUGUGGGGAGAAUUCCUAACGAAUUAGCCUUCUUAUCUAAGCUCAUACUUCUGGAUCUAAGGGAGAAUAGUCUAUCAGGAGAGAUUCCAGCUUCAUUGGGUAACCUUUCAUCAUCUCUUACUCGUCUUAGUCUUAGUUUUAACAAAUUUCACGGAAGAAUCCCAAGCCCUCUAAGCCAACUUACAAACUUAAAGUAUUUUGAUCUUUCUUCCAACAAUCUUUCAGGUACGGUCCCUUCCAAACUAUACAAUAUUUCAUCUCUUAUAGUCUUUUCAUUGAGUGUAAAUCAACUCCAUGGAAGCAUUCCUGUUUUCAUUCUUCCAAAUCUCAACUAUUUUUCGGUGUUAGAUAACAAUUUCACCGGAACAUUUCCCACUUCGUUUUCCAAUUCGACUAGACUUAGAUUUCUACAACUGGGAAUAAAUAAUUUCUUUGGAUCAGUACCUUAUAACCUUGGUAGCUUAAAAAAUCUCACGCGGUUGGCAUUAGGAGAAAAUAAUCUUGGAACUGGACAAGCUAAUGAUCUGAACUUCAUUGAUUCAAUAAUAAAUUCCACCAAUCUAAAUUAUUUAUAUUUAGGCAUCAAUAAUUUCGGUGGCGUGCUACCUAUCUCCAUGGCUAAUUUCUCUGCAAACCUUGCCACACUAAGUCUUCGAAAUAAUCAGUUAUAUGGAAGUAUUCCAGCGGGUAUUCAAAAUCUUUUAGGUUUAACGGUAUUUGAUUUUUCAGACAACCUGUUCACAGGUAGUAUUCCUACAGGCAUUGGGAACCUUCAAAAUUUGGGAACAUUAGAUCUUCGACGAAACAAAUUAUCGGGUUCAAUACCUUCCUCUUUCGGUAACUUAACACGAUUGCUCCUACUCACUCUAUCGUUUAAUAAUCUGACGGGUUCAAUUCCUCCGAGUAUUGGAAAUUGUGAAUCUCUGCACAGCUUAUCCUUCUGGAGCAAUAGGUUAACUGGUAGUAUACCAGCACAAGUUUUAAAACUUCCAUCUCUAUCAAGGUUCCUCAACUUAGCUAAUAACUCACUUACUGGUCCAGUCCCGGCGGAAGUUGGCAACCUUAAAAGCCUCGGGGUAUUAGACCUGUCAGAAAACAAAUUAUCUGGUGAAAUCCCAAGUACCAUAGGCGAGUGUAUAGGCUUAACAAGUCUUGAGUUGAACGACAACUUUUUUCACGGAGAUAUUCCCUCAGCUAUUACUUUCUUGAAGGGUCUUCAGAUUUUAAAUCUUUCCCACAAUAACCUGUCUGGUGCAUUACCUAAAGGCCUUGAAAAUCUAUCAACGCUUCUUGAUUUGAAUUUAUCAUAUAAUAAUCUGGAAGGGGAAGUGCCUAAAGAUGGUGUAUUUAAGAACACAAGUGCAUUUUCAAUCCAAGGGAAUAAUAAGCUUUGUGGUGGUAUACCUGAAAUAAAGCUGGCGAAGUGCUACAUCCCAUUAAAGCAAAAGCAAAAGAAAUCAUUGUCAGCGAAAGCAAUAUCUAUUGUCAUUUCUUUUGGUGUUUUAUUUUUAACUUUGAUGGUGGUUUUUCUAUUCUGCUGGAGAAAAAAGGCAAACCAAAAACUUCAUCCGACGGCUUUAGACUUAGUUAAUCAAUUCAAGGGAAUUUCUUACAAUGAGCUUCUUAAAGCUACCAACGGAUUCAGUGACUCUACCAACUUGCUCGGUGUUGGAAGUUUUGGAUCUGUGUACAAGGGAAUUCUUCGUGAAGCUGAAUCAAUACCUGUUGCAGUUAAGGUUCUACAUCUUCAGCAAAGAGGUGCAACCAAGAGUUUUAUGGCCGAAUGUGAUGCCCUAAGGGAAGUUAGACAUAGAAAUUUACUCAAGAUCGUUACUUGUUGUACGAGUACUGAUUUUCAAGGUAAUAAUUUCAAAGCUCUAGUUUUUGAGUUCAUGUCUAAUGGUAGUCUAGAGGAUUGGUUACACCCAAGUCUGAGUGACACAAACGUCGGCGACCAAAUGCAUGUAAAGAAUUUGAACCUGAAAAGAAGGUUGAACAUUUCUGUUGAUGUUGCUUCUGCACUGAAGUAUCUUCACCAUGAUUGUAAAUCGCCCCUUGUUCAUUGUGAUCUGAAGCCAAGCAAUGUCCUUCUUGAUGAUGAUUUAACUGCGCAUGUGGGUGAUUUUGGCUUGGCUAAGUUCCUUCACAAGACAUCCAGCAAUUCUCAACAGAUGAAUGAACAAGAUGCAAGUUCUAUUGCGAUAAAGGGCUCCAUUGGUUAUGUCUCUCCUGAAUAUGGAAUGGGUGGUGAUGUGUCUACACUAGGCGAUGUGUACAGUUAUGGGAUCCUACUGUUACAGAUGUUUACAGGAAAGAGACCAACUGAUGACGUGUUUAAGGAUGGUUUGAACAUUCAUAAAUUCUCUAAAAUGCAUGCAUCUCCAGAGCGAGUUUUGGAUAUUGUCGAUUCAAGAUUGCUGCUAGAAUUUGAAGUUGAACAUCUUGAAAAUACUGAAACUAACAGUUAUAAUAUGCCACGAUGCCAAAGAAGAAACAGGGCAAGACAUACAACGAGAGAGAUUUUAGCUUCUAUAAUCCAGAUUGGAGUAAUAUGUUCCUCAGAGUUACCAUCAGAUCGACUCAGCAUGAAUGACAUCAUUGUGGAUGUACAGGCAGUAAAAAAUCAGUAUCUUGGAAUCGGUAUGUAAUAAAAAUAAGUUCCAUGUCAUAAUCUUUGUCUUCAUGCACGGAAGUAUUAUGGAAGUACAAUUUCAUCGCCACCGGAUUAUCUGUAAAGCAUGAAAAUGUGAAAUAAAUUAGAGCCGUGCUGUGCUCACUAUAAAUAUGAUCAGAAAAUAUUUGGUAACUUUCACCAAGCGUAGGCACGCAUAAUUCCAAGCUUUACAGUGAAUCCAAAGAGAAC